UUCGAACUUGGGGAAAAAUGGCGGGGAGGCCGGAGCGCCAGCGGGAGCAGCAGGCGGGUGAAGAAGAGAAGGAGGAGGAGGAAGAGAAGCAAAUUGUGGCUACAGAGACGGGAUCAGCCCCGGCCUCGUCCGCCGACCCCGUGGAGGACUUUCGGGUGCGCUGCGCGUCGCAGAAGGCGGUGGCCGAAGUGCUGAAGAUGUGCAGCCGCUUCAUCCGGGAGCUGGGGGACGUCCUGCCCGAGAAGAGCCGGGAGCUGGCGCUGAAGGACGCGCAGUGGAAUUUUGUAACUGCUGUGCAAGAGAAUGUUAGUUUCAAUGGGGAGGCGUGGCAGGAAACUUCAGAUAAUGAAAUUCCUGUAGAUCCCAAGGUCAGAAUUCUUGAAGAUCAGUUUGAUGAAGUUAUAGUAGAUACAGCUACAAAACGUAAGCAGUAUCCCAGAAAGAUUGCUGAAUGUGUCAUCAAAACCAUGAAAGCACAACAUGAAAUUUUGAAAUACUACCGGCCUGUUAUACAUCCAGAGGAGAUAAAAUCUGAUGCCAAGCAAGAAUCUCACAUGGAAAAUUUGAAAUGCAGAGGAGAAACAGCUACCAAGCAGAUUACUGAAGUAAUGAAGUCCUUGCCAGUGUUGAUUGAGCAAGCAGAUGGGUUCUCCACAGUUCUAACGAUGCAGCCUAUUCUACAACUUCAGAGGAUCCACCAAGAAGUUUUCUCUGGCAGCCACACGAAAGAAGCUGUAAAACCUGAGAGCUUUAUAACACAAAUAGAAACCAACCCAACAGAGACUAAUGCCAGCAAAACCACUAACAUAGUACUGAAGAGAAAAAGACCGAAAAGCUCUCCACAGAGAAAACAGUAUCCAUUGCUGCAAAUGAGAAUUGAUUCAUGAGAUGCUCCUGUUUGUUUGGAAGUGAUACAAGGGCUUUAUCUGCAGCAUUAAGCCUAGCUGGAAUUUUAUGUAGAAUAGGAAAGAAAUUAACUUCUUCAACCAGUUGUGCAUUAAGCAAAUAUGAUAGCUGUAUAAUCAACCAAUAAACAUGAUAUAAUGUAUGUAUUUCUUAAUUCACCAUUUCAUCUGCAAUAAGAUGAAAAAUUUGUUUUGUUUGAGUUGGGGUAUGAUGGCCAUCAGAAGGCAGUGAUGUUGCAAAUGUUCCAUAUUCUCAGGUAACAUCUUUUUUUGUUGUCAUGGUCACUUUCAUGGAAUUUCAUGGUUGAAGUAAACUGUUACACUUCCAUGAAUUAUAUCUUUAUAUAAAGAUAGCUUAACAACAAUUGACUUGUUUAACCUACUGAAAAGGAAUCAUCAGUUAUGAUCAAUAGAUGUAAUUUUGAUGUUACAAAUUAAUGUCUAGGUGGGGAAAUGAUAUUAAUAGUGUUACUCCUAUUCCACUUAAUUUGGAUUUUUUGGACUUAAUGGAUCGAUAUUUUUGUGUAAAACUUUCAAAGGUUGCUCAUAUUUAUUCGGACAGUAUUCUUGUAAAUAAAAGAAGACUCCAGUGUUUUCCUGUGCUAUGUGUAUAUUUUUAUAUUUCAUAAAGCUUUUAAUCUUCAAAUAGCAUUUGACUGUGGACUAUUAUCAAAUUUUAUAUUUCUGUUUAGUUCUAGUUGAGGUAUUCAUGUCAGAUCAAUACUAACAAUAAUUAAUAAUAAGUAAUUAAGAAGUUAAUACAAAUAAUUUUGAAGCAUUGUAGAGAAAAUGUAUGUGUAAUCAUACUGAACUAUUUUAUAUCUAAGGAUCUUAAUAUAAUAAAUAUAUAAUCAUUGUUAGAUUGACCGGCAAGAGAAUGAACAAUCCUUUAUCUUCCACAGUUUUCUCAAGUCAGAGCCUUUAACUAACAUUUUCUUAUUGAAGCUUUUAGUCAUAGUAUAAGGAGAAUCAUACAAUUUGCCAAAUAUUCUUCUCUUUUGAUAACUGAUAGUAUCAUGCAUUUCAAAGGAUUUUGCUAAUCGUGAGAUUGGAAAAUUGACAUCUAUUGAUAAUCGUAUUCAGUGUCUUAAUCAUAAAUAUCUGAUUUUUACAGAAUCAGAUUUCCCAAGUGAAGAUAAUUGUAAAGAUAUUUUAGUAUUUUGUGUAUAUUUAUACCACAUUUGUAAUCUGUAUAUUUGUAAAUAGAAAUGUAGUUUAUAUUAAAAUAAUACACAGAGAGUGAA